AACCUUUGGCGCCGUUUCCUGUUGCGCGCGCAUUGCCACUAAGGCAUUGUGUCCAUCUUCGUUAUGAGCGUCGACGUCACUGCCAUCCGCGCGGCCUUUGCGGCCUGCAACUUAGACCUGGAGGAUGAUGCAGCCAGCACGUGUGUGUCCAUCUGCACGGAGUUCGGGCUGAGCUCGGACGAUAUGGCGGCGCAAUGGGAUGCCUACUCCAUGAACCAGCAGCUCUCGGGAGCCGCCAACUCCGACGGCCUCGUGGCCUUCCGCUCGCACCUCAAGCAGCAGCAGCAGGUCAAGGCUCAGGAAGCAGUGCCCACCAGCGCCUCUCAGAAGAGACGUCAUUCCAAGACACCAGUGGUAAAGCGUGAAGCGGACAGCCAAGACAAACUCGAGUCGUUAUACAGCAUGAAGUCGCCUGAGGGCAAGCACGCGCGUUCAUUUUCCAGCCCAGCAGGAAGCAACAAGGUGCAGCGCAAGGAAGGCAUGUUUUCACCCCCUUCCAUGCAGUCUCCGCCUGGUAGUAGCUAUGAGAAGCGCACAGACGCCGGCAAAUCGAUGACGGACUUCAACGCUCACUUGAGGAAGCAGAUCGAAGGAAUGGGAGCCAACACAGGGAAGCCUGUCGAGGUUAAGGCGCCCUUCCCGUCCCGUAAUUUAACUCCGAACUCUUCGUACAUGUACACGCCGUUAUUCCAACGUGCCAUAGCGCUGGAUGAGCAGCUUGUCGAGUACGAGGAGCUUGUCAAGGAAAAGUUCAAACUAGAAGAAAUCAAGCCAGUUGGAGACCCCUCGCCGGCACAAGUGACUGUAGUCGGACGUAUCGUGUGUGAGGCAGCCGAGGGCAAGCUGAACCCCAGUGUCGUGCAGGUUGAAGGGUCCAGGAAGACUUGCGGUGGCCAGCGUGUGCUUCUCGACUUGAGUGCAGUCCCGAACUUCCAGAUCUUCCCGGGCAAGAUUGUUGCGUUGAAAGGUGUCUUCCCAGAUACCCGCUCGCCGUUGGCAGUGAAGAGGUUCCUCGAGCCAAUUCCAGCACCACCUGCUACGUCUUCCCCAGCACGAAUUAAAGAAAUCCAAAGCGAGCACGGGAACCCUGUUCGUGUACUCACUGCUUGUGGCCCGUUCACGACCACUAGCAAUGUGGACUACCUGCCCCUGAACGAUUUGCUACAGAUUGCAAUUGACCAGAAGCCAGACGUACUCAUUCUCGUGGGCCCGUUCAUCGAUUCGAUGCACUCCAUGUUCCAAGAUGGACUGGUCAAGUACGAUGGCAUGAUGCUGAGUUUCGAAGAGAUCUUCCUGUUCAAAGUGAUGACACUACUGAACAACGUGCUAUCACGAGACGAGCGGAUUCAAGUUGUGAUUGUUCCAUCUUUGAGAGAUGCCAACCACGAAUACGUGUACCCUCAACCACCACUGAACAAGAAGAAAGCGUGUGAAGCCUUCGAGGUUGCUGAUUAUGCUAAGCGCGUCCACUUCAUGUCAAAUCCUAGCACGUUCUCGAUCAACGGAGUCGUGUUUGGAACGUCCGCAUUGGACGUCGUGGUGCAACUCAGCUCAAAUGAGCUUUACAGGUCAGUUUGCUCACACAUAUAGGUAUAUAUAUAUAUUGUUGAAAAAUACCGUUGUUUCACUUUAGAGCUCAAGUUCGCGACCAAAACCGACUUCUCCGUCUGUGUGAACAAGUUGUCGACCAGCGAAGGUGCGCCGUGUACAUAUGCAUGAAUGUUGAAGCUUGCAUUUCGAGACCCUUAACACGACUGUUAUGCUCUGUUCAAAUAAUAGCUUCUACCCAAUGUUCCCUCCACCUCCGAAUAGCGAGGCGCCUAUCGAUCUGCGGUAUAUGAAGCAGUUCCAAUUCGAGCAAACGCCCGACAUCCUGCUGCUUCCUUCAAUUCUCAACCGUUUUUGUGGGCGCGUGAAAGAUUCCAUCUGCCUUAACCCCGGUCAGCUAUGCAAGGGCGAGUCCGGUGGCACCUUCGCUCAUAUCACCAUCCUUCCUUUGUCCAACGACAAAAUCGAGAGCGCAACCGAUGACAAGUGCGCCCACUUCGUGCCAGACCGAACAAUUGUCGAGAUCAAACGUAUCUAGACAGUAGAGGAACGGAUCGAAGUUAUUCGACGUUACCUUAUCUGGUGGUUAUAUACUUGGCGAUAAGCUCCUUGUGCUGCAAACGAAAGUAUCAGUAAAAGUAAACCAGGACGUUAAAGGCCACUAGAUGGUUCCUGACCCGCCAGUUGGAUAGCUCAUUUGAGACGGCGUCAAACAAAAAGUGCCUAAUCAACCAUGAAUUAAAUCGCGUUUUAAGCACAGAAUAGAAAAGAUGGGCAACUGAGACCUCAAACAAAAAAUUCCAUUCAGCC